AUGGAAUCACGACAGCAACACGCUCAACACAUUUCUAAAAAGAAAGUCGUAUUUCAGUGCUGCCUGGGAAUACGACAAAAAUAUUGGCUAGAAUGGACAACUUGGUUCACUACAGUAACCCAGCGCACGCCAUCUCGCUGCUGAGCAUCCUCAAUGAGCAGCGUCUACGGGGCCAGCUGUGUGACAUUGUGCUGGUGGUGGGGGACCAGCGGUACCAGGCCCACCGGAGCGUCCUGGCCGCCAGCAGUGAGUACUUCCAGUCUCUCUUCUCCAGGAGGGACUCGGAGCAACGCGCCAUGGUCCAGCUGGACUUCUGUGAGCCUGACGCCUUCGAGCUGGUCCUCAACUACAUCUACUCUUCCUCCCUGUUUGUGGACAAGGGCAGCCUGGCUGCCAUCCAGGAACUGGGCUACAGCCUGGGCAUCCCUUUCCUGACCAACAUCAUGGCCAUGAGGCCGCAGGUUUCGUACUGCAUCUCCAGGAAAAGGGUGUCCUUCACAGAUGAGGACGACGGCGGGUAUCCGCAGAGGAGUGUCAUCGUACGUCAGAGCCGCGGCGAAGCCGCCGGGGUCGGUGGCGCUCAUAGCCAGGGCUCGAGCCUGCUGAAGUCGCUGAAGCACGGCCCUUACUCGGCCUCGGAGGAGGAAGCCUCAGCCAUGUCGGUUAAAGAACAAAGCCAGGCCUCUCGACUGUGUCGAGGUAAUGCGGUGGAGAGGAGCGGUGACUUUACAGAUCGUAAUUCCAGCAGGUCCUCGGACGUUCACGACGACAAGUCCAUCAGCUCGGCCACUCCAUCCAUCAUGAAGGGACGGUCAGCACAGAGCACUACGACGUCGGUAAGACCUCAGCUGACCUCCUCUGUGUCGUUCAGCGAGUCCCAAAUACAGCAUGCGAGUUUACUGCCGGAUUCCAGUGUUGACCCUGGAGAGGAACAACCAGAGCCCCAUUACAGCCCCAAAAUGUCCAUCUCGGGCCAGCAGACGGAUCGACACCCACCUGUGGACCGCAGCGGACCCCUCAUUAAAAGCCUGUUGCGGAGGUCCUUGUCCAUGGACAGCCCCGUUCCUAUCUUCUCCCCAGCGCUGGAGCUCAAAGACUCACAGAACAGGGAGCACUCUGUGGUGAAAAUGGCCGCGAAGACGAGCAUGACUACGCCGCUGUCCGCUGACCUGAAGCACCAGGGGUCACAGGACGUGCCACCUUUGAUUCUCAGGGCCAGACACCACAACAUGUACGAGAGGGGGGGCGGUCAGGGAACAGACGUCCAGGUGAAGACCGAGCCCAGCAGUCCACUGGCUGACCCCUCUGAUAUCAUACGUAUCACGGUAGGGGAUAAUCUACCAGUCAACCUCAGAGACCUGCAAAUGAACUUUGAUGAGAACCCCAAAGGCUACUUUAACCAUGCUGGAAAACGCAGGGCAAGGAUGGAUAACUUGAAUAAUCCGUACAAGCGGUCUCGGAUGGCAAACGAACACCAUUUUGCACACAAGGACACUGGACCGGCUAACGUACAGAGCACCUCAAACGCAGAGGAUGGCAGCGAAGAGCCAGGCGAGUUAAGACCAAACAAGAUGUUUAAAUGCUGGAACUGUUUAAAGAUCUUUCGAUCGAAUGCGGGUUUGUAUCGGCACGUGAACAUGUAUCAUAACCCGGAGAAACCGUAUGCCUGCGACAUAUGUCACAAGCGCUUUCACACCAACUUCAAAGUGUGGACCCACUGCCAGACACAGCACGGUGUGGUGCAGAACCCGGCGGCGUCCUCAAGCUCGUACUCGGUACUGGACGAGAAGUUCCAGAGGAAGCUGAUCGACAUUGUGCGCGAGCGUGAAAUCAAGAAGGCCUUGAUCAUGAAGCUCAGGAGAAACAAACAGAAUCUACAGGCUCAGCCCUUCGCCAAAAAGAGCCUGCGAUCAAGGUCGACCUACGUCUGCCCCUACUGCGGGAAGAUGUUCUGGUUCCAGUCGCAGUUCAGGCAGCACCUGAAAAUGCACCCGGUGGAGAACGACAACCCUCAGAUGGACCGAGGAGGCGAGUCUGAGGACAACCAGAACCAGAUGGCUCACUUGAAAGAAAACCAAAGCAAGGACGUGUACCCUUGCAAGCUCUGCAAUGCAAAGCUCUCCUCUCCCAUGGAGCAAGGGGACCACGAGAGAGGCUGCCGACACGCCACUGUCUGUCCGUACUGUGGCCUGCGCUUUUCCAGCCCCACGGUCAAGAGGGACCACGAGGCCCACUGCGACUACAAGAAGCUCACCUGCCUGGAGUGCAUGCGCACCUUCAAGUCCUCCUUCAGCAUCUGGCGCCACCAGGUGGAGGUGCACAACCACAACAUGAUGACCGUCCGGGAGCAGCUGUCGCUCGGCCAGCAGGAGAACCACGGGCAGGAGGAGGACGACGAGGGCGACGGAGACGCGCCGUCUCGGGGGCCGCACCUUCCGCAGCACCACCAGGAGUCGUUGGGCGACAACGCGAGGAAGGAGGCCUUCUACCGCGACUCCUCUUCGCUGCCCAUGUUCGACUCGGAGGACUCGUCGUACAUGCCCGAGGACCUCAGCAUGGGCUCUCACGGCGAGCUGCAGGUGAAGGAGGAGCCCCUGGAGGAGGAGGUGAGCGAGAGGGAGAGCGCAGCCGCCGGGAGCGCUGCUGCCGCCGCCGCCGCCGCCGCCGCCGCCGCAUCGGACGAGCCGGGCGUGUGGCCGUGCGAGAAGUGCGGCAAGCUGUUCAGCUCGCACAAGGACCUGGAGCGCCACCAGGAGCUGCUGUGCCACAUCAAGCCCUUCAUCUGCCACAUCUGCCACAAGGCGUUCCGCACCAACUUCCGCCUCUGGAGCCACUUCCAGUCGCACGUGUCCACGGCGGACGAGCCCUCGGCCGCCAGGGGGGAGCCGGAGCACCGGGAGAUGGAGCACCGGGCGUCGUCGCCGUCCCCCUCGCCGCCUCUGUCCAUUUCCGUCUCGCCGACCAACGCGGCGGCCGCGUCCGUCGUGGCCUCCGAGGAGGAGGAGCAGCAGCAGGGCGGCCCCGUCGCCGCGCCGACCAACAUCCCGGGACCUGAGCAGGAAGGAGCCAGCGGCGACGACGGGCCCUCCUUGUCCAAGCCGGACGGCGCAGAGACGUCUCUCAGCCCUCAGGAAUCCGACACGCUGUUCUACCACGCGCCCACGCUCUCCGCUCUCACCUUCAAGAGGCAGUACAUGUGCAAGCUGUGCCACCGGACCUUUAAGACGGCGUUCAGCCUGUGGAGUCACGAACAGAGUCACAACCGCCUGUGACGGCAGCGCCACCGAUGACCUGCAGUGCCAGAAUGGACGGUUCGACACGGAAGCAAGAUCAGAUUAUCAUUUGAUUUGUUUGUUGUGUUACUUUACACUUAGUCAUGCCGGGUCUGGCUAUUUAUUUGUUCCUCUAAUUUUGUGGAGCUUUAAAGAAUCAUGGUUGUAAUGGUCUCCUCAAUAUCUAUGAAUGUGCACAAAAUGAUACAAAACAGAGACGGGAGAAAGUGAAGGGGUCCUGUUUUGUGUAUCAAAAUGAUCUACAUUAAAGUGGACUAAGUGAGUUUUCCAGCAUGAAAAUGGAAACAGAUACUAUCUAACUUCAACUGAUGAUGUGGGAAAUGAACAGUUUAUUGCAGUUCAGAUGUUUUGCAGUAGUUCUAAUGUACAAAUUAUGGCCUUGGGUUGAACGAGAAUGUGUAUAAAUAUGAAUUUCUUACUUCAUGUGAGUUCUUUCAAUCUGCCUUUGACAUUUUUAGUAUGUUAGGCCUAUGCUUAGGAAAUGUAACGCUUAACCCUUGUACCAAUGAAAAGCCAGCGGUUUAUUCAAAGGAAGUGCUUUAUUUAGGAUUAGUGGUGCAGUUUUAGAUUAACUAAGUGCUCUUGCUUAUGAAUGGUCCGCGUCUUGUGUGCUGGCACAGUAGAUGGGUGUUCUGAAAAAAGGUUGCCUUCGUAAUUAGUGAAUGGAUAACUGCCAUGGUGUAGCAGCCUUUGGUGACUAUUUAACUGACCUAUAGCACUUUUGUCAUGCCUCUACUACUUACUCAGUAACAGCCCAGGUCAUUCACCCGAUUGUCACGUGUUCAUUCAUAUGGCGUGCAGUUCACCUGUGUCAUAUUUGGAGAUCGCUGUUUGGGACCUGCGCUGUCCGCUUUACAAACUUCACUUGGCUAAGCAUCUUCACUCUUUGCAGUCCACAGAUACAAGUUCCCUGCUACUGAAGAGAGGCAUACAAUAACCUAAAAAUUAGAAGUUUUUUUAUAUCUAUAUAUAUAUAUAUAUAUAUACAUUAUAGAUUUGAUAUCAAUAUAUUGUACUUUACUCAAUGGCACUGUUAUCUGUUACGUUGUGCAGAUGUGACCAUAUAAUAUGUCUUAAGAACAAAUUUGUAUAGCUGGCAGGUGGGCUUGACAUUUUGUACAGCGCGUCUGUAUUAUGUGGUGCAUGGUAGUUAUCUCCAGUGCAGUGGAAUUUGUUGCACAAAAUAAUGUGGAAAGAGCCCAUACAUGGUGUUAAAGCAAAAUGCAACAGGGUUAUUUUGUGAUUGGGUGCUUCAUCAGUAAAAUGAUCAUAAAAGUAAGACCUCUUAAAUCCUUUGUUUUUUAGAAAGAGCUGGGAUAUGAACACACAUAUUUGUUUUAUAUAUAGGUCUACUGAUGAUUGUGAUUAUAUUUUCAAAAUGUUUUGCACAAGUAUUAUUCAAGCACAAUGGCAAAAAUACAAUCUCUAGUUUCUGCUCACAAAAGCUAUGAUUUCUGCUUAUUUUUUUACUGAUGAUUAAAAUGAACAUGAAUUGAAGUUAAAUUACUAGGUUUUGCCAUCAUGCAGGUCAGCCUUUACCUCAUAUUAGUUUUGGAUGCUUCUCUAUCAACUAAUUUGGCAAUUCUAUUUAUGGUCACCUCCCAAUUUAUGGUUUCAAAUAGCUUUUUUUUGGAGGGG